AUGGGAUUCGAGUUGGACCGCUUCAAGGGGACCGUGGACCCAGAUUUCAAAUGCAACUUGUGCAACAAAGUCCUGGAGGACCCGCUCACGACUCCGUGCGGCCACGUCUUUUGCUCCGGCUGCGUGCUGCCCUGGGUUGUCCAGCAGAGCAGCUGCCCCGUCAAGUGCCAGCGCAUCUCCGCCAAGGAACUCAACCACGUCCUGCCGCUGAAGAACCUCAUCCUGAAGCUGGAAAUCAAAUGUGACAACCACGCCAGGGGCUGCGAUGCCGUAGUGACGCUGCAGCAUCUGGCCGAACACGCUGAGAUGUGCGACUUUUCCCCAGCCAAGUGCAGGAAUAAAGGCUGCGAGGAGCUGGUGUGCGUGCGGGAUCUGGACGUGCACAUGCGGGAUGCCUGUGAGUACAGAGCGGCGGGGAUCUGCGAGAGCGGCUGCGGGCUGACGCUCACAGUCAGGGAGCAGAAGUUAAACAGCCACUGCUGCGUGAGAGCCCUGAAGGCGCACAACAGCGCGCUGCAGUGCAAGUUGCUCAUCCUGGACAGAGAGCUGAAGAAGCAGGCGAUCAAAGCCAACCAGCGGGAGAAGGCGCUCCUGGCUCAGCUGUCUGCGGUGCACAGCGAGCUGCAGAUGACAGCGCUGAAGUAUCAGAAAAAAUUCACUGAGUACAGCGAGAGGAUCGACUCUCUCACUAAGACCGUGGCUUUCUCCUGCAAGGAGGACAACACUAAAAGUGUGACAGCUGUCCUCCUUCGUGAUGGUGGAUCUUUGGGUUUUAACAUCGUUGGAGGGAGGCCAUGUGCGGACGACAGUGACGGCACUUCAAAUGAAGGGAUCUUUGUGUCCAAGAUUGUUGAGAAAGGUCCAGCAGACAAGGAGGGAGGCCUUCAAAUCCAUGACAGAAUAAUUGAGGUUAAUGGAAAGGACCUUUCAAAAGCCACCCAUGAGCAAGCAGUGGAGGCGUUUCGCACAGCCAAGGAGCCCAUCAUGGUUCAGGUUCUACGACGGGCCCCAUACCCCCAACUGGUGACCCCAGUUGCAGACACCCAGGUGUCAGACACCAGCACCCAGACUGACAUCACUCUCCAGCACAUCAUGGCUCUCACCAAACUGUCUCCCGCCUCGCCCCCAAUGACGGAGCUGGAGGAGUAUCUGUUACCAGAGGAGCCUCCUCCAGAACACACAUACUUUGACCCCAAUGAUUUCCUGGAGGGCAUACAACAAGAGAUGGAGCGUGAAGGGCUGGAAUAUGAGGAGGUGGAUCUGUAUCGAGCAAACAUCCAAGACAAACUCGGCCUGACCAUCUGUUACAGGACUGAUGAUGAGGAUGAAGCUGGGAUCUACAUUAGUGAGAUCGAUCCAAACAGCAUUGCUGCUAAGGAUGGCAGGAUUAGAGAAGGGGACAAGAUCAUACAGAUCAAUGGUGUGGAGAUCCAAAAUCGAGAGGAUGCAGUGACGCUGCUGACCAGUGAGGGAAACCAGAACAUCUCUCUGUUGGUGGCCAGACCAGAGAUCCAGCUGGACGAGGGCUGGAUGGAUGAUGACAGGAAUGACUUCCUGGAUGACCUCCACAUGGACAUGCUGGAGCAGCAGCACCAUCAGGCCAUGCAGUUCACUGCCAGCAUGCUGGAGCAGAAGAAGCACGAGGAAGAUGGGGGCACCACAGACACCGCCACUUUGCUGUCCAAUCACCAUGAAAAGGACAGCGGCGUCGGCCGCACAGAUGAGAGCACCCGAAACGACGAGAGCUCAGAGCAAGAAAACCUUGGUGACGACCAGACGACCACAGCAUCCAACACCCUGGGUAGCUGCAGGAAGCUUACCUACAGCCAGGACACACUGGGCAGCAUCGACAUGCCCUUCAGCAGCGAGUCCUUCAUCUCAGCCGACUACGCAGAUGCAGACUUUCUCGGCAUCCCGGCCGACGAGUGUGAGCGCUUCCGAGAGCUACUGGAGCUGAAGUGUCAGAUGAGGAGCAGCGGAGCCCAGGGCCUGUUCAGUCUGGCCUCUGGGGGGGCCGAAGGUCACACAGAGGAGGGCGUGGAUAAAGAACUGGAGUUACUCAAUGAGGAGCUGCGCAACAUCGAGCUAGAAUGCCUUAGCAUCGUCCGUGCCCACAAGAUGCAGCAGCUGAGGGAGCAGUGCAGAGAGUCCUGGAUGCUCCACAACAGCGGCUUCCGCAACUACAACACUAGCAUUGAUGCUCGCCGUCACGAGCUGUCAGACAUCACAGAGCUGCCUGAGAAAUCGGAUAAGGACAGUUCCAGCGCCUAUAACACAGGCGAAAGCUGCCGCAGCACUCCUCUCACUCUGGAACUGUCUCCUGAUAAUUCUCUCCGUAGAGGGGCUGAGAGUCAGGGAGCAGCCGGACCAUCUGGGUCCAGCAGCUCUGUUGGCAAGACACACAAGCCCCUCCUUUCCCCUGUUCAGGAGGUCUGUGGCCCCAGUCGGAGCAGAGGCUCGUCUAAGGACCCGGACAGAGAGCUGCAGACCGAGAGCAAGGAAAAGAAGCUGGGAGAGUCCAGUAAGGGUGGACGGAGCUUUCAGCCUCAUUCCCCUUACAAGCACGCUCACAUCCCUGCCCAUGCCCAGCACUACCAAAGCUACAUGCAGCUAAUCCAGCAGAAAUCCGCUGUGGAAUACGCCCAAAGCCAGAUGAGUCUGGUCAGCAUGUGCCGAGACGUGGUCAGUCCCGGUGACCUGGAGCCCAAGAUGGAGUGGAAAGUGAAGAUCCGCAGUGACGGAACAAGGUACAUCACAAAGCGGCCGGUGCGGGACAGGCUGCUGAGGGAGCGCGCCCUCCGUAUCCACGAGGAGCGCAGUGGCAUGACCACGGAUGACGACGCCAUCAGCGAGCUGAAGAUGGGCCGCUACUGGAGUAAGGAGGAGCGGAAGCAGCACGCUGUGCGGGCCAAGGAGCAGAAGCAGCGCCGGGAGUUCAUGAAACAGAGCAGAGUGGACUGCCUGAAGGAGCAGAGCGCCACAGAGGACAAGAAGGAGCCCAACAUCAUUGAACUCAGCCACAAAAAGAUGAUGAAAAAGAGAAACAAGAAAAUUUUUGACAACUGGAUGACCAUCCAAGAACUGCUGACCCAUGGAACCAAGUCACCAGAUGGGACCAGGGUUUAUAACUCGCUCCUGUCUGUGACUACGGUGUGAGUCCUGCUCCGAAGCUGCAGCGGGGCGCUGUGUACAUAGGAUGGUAGCAACUGGGGCAGAGAGGGCCGCCGCAAAUGUGUGGCAUCAAUGUGUAAAUAGGAAAUCAGGAAAGAUUUUCAUCCUCUGGCGCAGGGGGGAGGGGGGCGGGUCCAUGAUAGGAGAGUUUGACUUCACUUCUGCAAAAAAAAAAAACAAUGUUAAAACCAUUUUUUUCAGUAAUCUUUUCUACAUUUUUGCUCUUUUGCAUAUUUUUUGGAAACAAAGCUGCAAUAUUUGACUUUUUGAAAGGUUUUGAAAGUGUGUAAAGAAACGUGUGCCAUACUUUACCAACCAGCAUUUACACUAUUUACUUUUUGUUUGUACUAUAUUAUUACAUGUAUAUCUCUCUUAACAGUAUUUUAUUGUUACACUUUAUGGAGACAAUGCUAUUUUCCCUAAAAAUUAAAACAGGAGCCUUUUUGAAAGGAUUUUGAUGAAUAUAAAAAAAUCUAAUUUUGUAAGAAAGCAAAUUUUUUGGUUUUGGUUUUUCCCAAAAGGUGCUGAUUUCCUAAAGUUGAAGACCACCAGCGAUGUACCGUCUGUACUGAUAUGCAAAGAACGUUGAUAAUAAUGUGUGUACGUAUGUGACAUUUAGGGUAAGAUGUUUCUUACGCUAUUGAGGAUGUUUUAUUUUACCCACACAUAUAGAUGCUUAUGCUUUUGUAGGAUUACAUGUUAUCGGGCAUAGAACCAGCUUAACAAAUCCCUAGUUAGCCUCACAAUUUGAGUCUUGUACAAUUACAGACAUAAUAAAUUAUUGUUUUAUAUAUGAUGAACCUUGAAA